AUGUCGAUGAUGUCAAACGAUUGGGACGAGUGCACCAAGAGCAAUGAUGGACUUCGAGAGACAGAGUACAAGGCGAAAAUAUCGGAUCGGCUUAUGAACUCGAUAAUCAUACUUCACACGAUGGCGAUCUCCGCGUAUUGUGGCGGUACUGUUCUGAAAAGAGUUGAAAUCGCCAAUCGAACGGGGGAGCUACCUUAUGUCGACAAGUUAAAUCUCCCCUUCGACGUUAACACGCAACUCAUGUAUAGAAGCAUAUUAUUAGCAGAAUUCUUCAUUGGGAUCUCUAUGUGCUGGUUAGCUGGUGUGACGAAUGUAUUACUAUUGAGUCUGACAUUACAUGCCGCCGGCCAAAUGGACAUUCUUCGUAACUGGUUCACGCAACUUGUACCCCGUGCAAAAGCGAUUAAACAUGAAUCGACAGUCAUUAUCCUGAAACGGAUCGUACAGAAGCAUCAGAAAAUCAUCGAUUUUUCAGAAUGCAUCGAGAGUCUCUACACGCGGAUCGCGUUCCUGAUAUUCGCGUCAAACAUGAUAAUGAUUUGUUCAUUGGGCUUUGUGAUCGUAACGGCAAUCGAUAGACCCAACGCGGUAGAACAGAUAGUGCGGUCCCUAUUAUUCUACACAAUAACAAACCUAGAAGCGUUUAUAUUUUGCUUCGCUGGGGAAUACCUGAACAACAAGAGCAAAUCGGUUGGCAUCGCAGCUUACAACACAUGGUAUGAUUUGGAGCCCAGUGACGGCCGAGUUUUAUUGAUUAUUAUAUUAAGAUCGCAGAAGCAACUGACGCUCACAGCAGGCAAGAUGGUGGAUCUCUCCCUAGAAUCCUUCACAAAUAUCAUGAAAGCCUCUGGAUCUUACUUGUCGGUGUUGUUGGCGAUGCAAUGA